UACUGACAGCCUGCUUAAAGUUUUACCCCCAGAGGAUGCAGAGACCCGACAAGUGGUGGAAAAGCUGGCUCGGUUCGUGGCUGAAGGGGGACCAGAGCUAGAGAAGGUCGCUAUGGAAGACUACAAGGAUAACCCAGCUUUUUCGUUUUUGCAUGAUAAGAACAGCAGAGAAUUCCUUUACUACAGAAAGAAAGUGGCAGAGAUAAGAAAAGAGAAUCAAAGUUCUCAGGCGUCCUCUUCUCAGAAAGACGACGAAGAGACAAAGAACUCUGCUGAGAAACUGGCCAGGUUCAUAGCAGACGGGGGUCCCGAGGUGGAAGCUAUUGCCUUGCAGAACAACCGAGAGAACCAUGCUUUCAGGUUUUUAUAUGAGCCAAACAGCAAAGGCUACAAGUAUUAUCGGCAGAAACUGGAGGAGUUCCGUAAGGCCAAAACCGGCGCUGCGUGUGCCCCCUUGCCGGGAGAGCCCAGUCUGAAAAGGAAAACCAGUCCUGAGGCCUCACCAUCGCCCUUGUGCUUAUCGUCCUUGCCCCUGCCCGUUCCCUCGCCUUUGCCCUUGCCCCUGCCCGUUCCCUCACCUUUACCCUUGCCCUUGCCCGUUCCUUCGCCUCUGCCCCUGCCCAUUCCCUCACCUCUGCCCCUGCCCGUUCCCUCGCCCUUGGCCGUGCCCUCCUCCUCGCCCUCACCUUCACCAUCAUCCUCUACAACUCCACCCGAUCAGACAGCUACAACUGCCGCGGCCACAACCACCACAGCUCCUGCCCCAGGCACUACGAAGAAGAAGCGGAAGAGCAGGUGGGGGCCGGAGGAGGAGAAGGUGGAAUUGCCUCUCCCACAGCUCAUCCAACAGCUGGAUUCUCCUUCCCCUCUUUCAGUUCAGGACCUCAAGGGUCUGGGUUAUGAAAAAGGGAAACCGGUUGGUUUGGUGGGUGUGACGGAGCUCUCCGAAGCCCAGAAGAAGCAGCUGAAGGAGCAGCAGGAGAUGCAGCAGAUGUAUGACAUGAUCAUGAAGCACAAGCGAGCCAUGCAGGAGAUGCAGAUGAUGUGGGAAAAAGCGAUCCAGCAGCACCAACACGGCUAUGACAGCGACGAGGAGGUGGACAGCGAGCUGGGAACGUGGGAGCACCAGCUGCGCCGCAUGGAGAUGGACAAGACGCGAGAGUGGGCCGAGCAGCUGACCCAGAUGGGCAGAGGGAAACAUUUCAUCGGCGACUUUCUUCCACCUGAUGAGCUGGAGAAAUUCAUGGAGACCUUCAAGGCGUUGAAGGAAGGACGUGAGCCGGAUUAUUCCGAAUACAAGGAGUUCAAACUGACUGUGGAAAACAUAGGUUAUCAAAUGCUAAUGAAGAUGGGCUGGAAGGAAGGCGAGGGACUUGGCUCGGAUGGACAGGGGAUUAAAAACCCAGUCAGCAAGGGAACCACCGCUGUGGACGGAGCUGGUUUCGGCAUCGAUCGUCCCGCCGAGCUGACCAAGGAGGACGAUGAGUACGAGGCGUUCCGCAAACGGAUGAUGCUCGCCUACCGCUUCCGACCAAACCCGCUGAACAAUCCACGACGACCUUACUACUGA